UUCGACCUAAACUAUCGACGUCCAUGUGAGUUGAUUUUUCUCUCUCGUCAAUUGUUUAUUCUCUUUUCCUUGUUAAUUUGUACAUUUCCAACGAAAGUCUAUAUUUCGAAUAAAAAAAAAUAUUUAAGAAAACUUGCUUCACUAUUUUUAGUAAAGUACAUUGAAGAAAAAUGUCGGCUAUCAGUUUAUUAAAUCCCAAAGCCGAAUUUGCAAGAGCUGCUCAAGCUCUGGCAAUUAAUGUUUCGGCUGGAAAAGGUAUUCAGGAUGUGAUGAAAACGAAUUUAGGACCCAAGGGAACAAUGAAAAUGUUAGUCUCGGGAGCUGGCGAUAUAAAAAUCACCAAGGACGGAAAUGUUCUCUUGCAAGAGAUGCAAAUUCAGCAUCCAACUGCUUCUCUAAUUGCUCGAGCAUCAACAGCUCAGGACGAUAUGACAGGCGAUGGUACCACCAGCACAGUUCUAUUAAUCGCCGAACUUUUGAAGCAAGCAGAACUUUACAUUGCCGAGGGCCUUCAUCCACGAGUAUUGACCGAAGGUUUCGAUUUAGCGAGAGUGAAGACACUCGAAAUUCUCGAUUCAUUGAAAAUUGUCGGCGAACCUUCACGAGAUCUUCUAAUUGACGUUGCCCGAACUUCCCUGCGAACUAAAAUUCAUCCAACUAUUGCUGACAAAUUAACGGAAAUUUGCGUUGACGCCGUCUUGGCCAUUAAGCAAUCGAACGAUCAGAUUGAUCUGCACAUGGUCGAAAUUAUGGAGAUGCAACAUAGAACCGCGUCUGACACGACUCUCGUGAAGGGAAUUGUUAUGGAUCAUGGGGCGAGACAUCCGGACAUGCCAAAGAGAGUCGAAAAUGCUUAUAUCUUGACGUGCAACGUCAGUUUGGAAUACGAGAAAAGCGAGGUAAACAGUGGUUUCUUCUACAAAUCGUCCGCAGAACGUGAGAAGCUCGUAGCGGCUGAACGCGAAUUCAUUGAUAACCGAGUGAAGAAAAUCAUUGAGUUGAAGAGAAAAGUUUGCAAUGGAAAUGAUAAAUCUUUCGUUAUUAUUAAUCAGAAAGGUAUUGACCCACCGUCUUUGGAUAUGUUCGCCAAAGAAAAUAUUGUCGCACUACGUCGUGCAAAGCGUAGGAAUAUGGAACGUUUAGCUCUCGCUUGCGGAGGUAUUGCCAUGAAUUCCGUCGAUGACCUAACGGAAGAGAAUCUUGGCUGGGCUGGACUUGUCUACGAACAUGUUUUGGGAGAAACGAAGUACACGUUUGUUGAAGAUUGCAAGAAACCAACUUCAGUGACUGUUCUGUUAAAAGGACCGAAUAAGUACACAUUGAUUCAAUUGAAAGACGCAGUUCGCGACGGUUUGAGAGCAAUCAAAAACACAAUCGACGAUCGUGCAGUGAUACCUGGUGCGGGAGCUUUUGAAAUUGCCGCAAGCCGUGCUUUGCAUCAAUUCAAGGAUGAAGUCAAAGGCAAACAGAGAUUAGGUGUUCAAGCUUACGCUGAUGCUUUGCUCAUCAUUCCUAAAGUACUUGCCGUGAAUAGUGGAUUUGAUGCCCAAGACAGUAUUGUAAAACUUUUGGAAGAGUCCAAGGUUUUAGGUGAAGCUGUCGGUUUAGAUCUUUCGUCAGGCGAAGCCCUGAAACCUGCAGAUGCCGGAAUUUACGAUAAUUAUAUCGUUAAGAAACAAAUUAUCAAUUCCUGUACCGUUAUUGCCAGCAAUCUUCUCUUGGUAGAUGAAAUAAUGAGAGCAGGAUUAUCAUCAUUGAAGGGCUAACGAGAGACCUCUAUUAAAACGCAUUAAAAUUCACGCAUUUCACGUUUUCGUCACAUUCUUUACAGCUUUACACGUUUAAUAAAUUUUAAUUGAUAAUCGAACAAUAUGUAUCGUUCAAGCUUAAAAUAAAAUAUUUCGUACGUUA